CACUCAAAAAGAAACUCUACUCCUCCCCCUCUCCCUCCCUCCUCCCUCCCGUUCCCCGCAAACCCACACACAAACCACGCGGCCCACGCCAUUGAGCGAGUAACCGCUCGAGUCCUCGGCCUCGCCUACUGCUCGCGUCUCGCGGCCGUGCGGCGGUUAGGGUUCGGAUUUGUGGGUGGAGACCGAGGCUAGAUCCAGCCGGGGGAGGAGGGGAGGGGAGGCGUGGAUGGCCGCCACCGCCGGGGUUGCCGAGGACGGCGGCGGCGGCGGCGGCGGCGGGGGUGGGGAGCGGAUGAAGCUGCUGUGCAGUCUGGGCGGGCGCAUCCUCCCGCGGCCCGGGGACGGGACUCUGCGGUACGCCGGCGGGGACACCCGGAUCGUGUCCGUGCCGCGCGGGGUGGCGCUGCCGGACCUCCUCGCGCGACUCGCCGAGGCGUACGGCGGAGCCACGGGCCCGCACUUCGCGGUGAAGUACCAGCUCCCCGACGAGGGGCUCGACGCGCUCAUCUCGGUGUCCUCGCCGGAGGAUCUCGACAACAUGGUCGAGGAGUACGACAAGCUGAGCGGCGCCAGCCCGAAGCUGAGAGUGUUUAUCUUCCCCAUCCUGGAUGGGGCGGGUGGCUGCGGCACCGGCGGGGAGGAGGUGGAGGCCGGGAGCUUUGACGCGGGGCUUCGGUAUCUGGAGGCCGUGAACGGUAUUGUGCGGAAGGAUAGCAUCGCGAGCCUAUCGUCCACGCAGUACUCCGACGGGGGACUGCCCCCUCCGGCGGCGUCGGGGGCCGGCGGCCCUGGCUCUCCGGCUGGGCUCUCCCCCACUUCCACUUGCUCCAAUGAUGCUGCGAGAUCGGCCUUCAGUGGGGCGGCACCCCCACCACUUGUUGAUGUGUUCAGCAAUGCCGCUCCAGCUCCUGUACCUGUGAAGCCGCAGGAGAGUGCCGCUGACGGGAGGGCUCCUCAGGCGAACCCACAUCCGGAGGCGGCUAGGUAUAGGCAGCCACUGUCACAGCUGCCACCACUGCCUCCUGUGUUCAUGAACGAUCAUAGAGAUGCCAUGCAGGGUCUGAAUCAGCCGCCACCAGGAAACGGUGUAAGAUUGGAGGACUGCAGCAUGUGCUUGAGGGCAUUGCCUCACGCCCACUCUGAUCCAGUGGUGAAUGAGUAUGGCAAUGAGGUGCACGGAGGGGCUGUGCCUGAGCCGGUGCCUAUGUUCAUGAGCCUGCGGCCUGAAGAUGUGGCAAGGAUUAUGAUGCCAGAGCGGGCAGUGCCAGCCCCAAUGGGGGCUUAUGGAUACACUCAUAUGCAUCCGGUGCCACAGGAGAGGGUGUAUGUGCCAAAGGUGGAAGGGGUUACAAACUCAGCGCUCAUUGAUCCAACUGGCUUGCAUCAACAUGUAUAUGUGCAGCAGCAGCAGCAACUGCCAUCAACCUAUGGAUUUAGCCAAAUCCCUGUGAUUCCUAACGAGAAGGACAGAGUAGUUUCUCCAAGUUCCACCCAUACCGAUGUUUCGAGCUCUCAUCAACAGUUUAGGCAGCAGCCACAGCAACAAGUGCCUUCAGGCCAUGGAAUGGCUCAGUAUCCAGUGAAGCAAGUUAGUCCCAGUAAUCAGUUUGCCGGUGAAGGUAGUUUUAGUGGUAAUUCAAGGCAUCAUGAGGAUGGGCAGGUGUAUCGUGAUAAUGUGCCUCCAGUGGCACCUGUGUCUGUUCCGACUUAUAUGGCAAAUGUGGACAGGAUGAUGGAUUCGCUUCGGGUGAGCCCCAGUGAGGCUUCUGCCUCUACAGAACAAAGGAAGCACGCCAUGUCUCCUGAUAACGCUUUACCCCAGAAUGCAAUAGCAGAACACUCUCAGGGGCACCCAGAAAAUAGUAUCAAUGCCAGACCAGAUACCCGAGCAAAAGAGAAUCAUCUGAGCAACACCAACACUUUUUUUGAUGUCAAUGAACCAAAGGUACUGCUUCAAACUGAAUCAAUGCCACCGCCUUCUGUGGCCAACUCUUAUUUGCACAAUGUCCAGCAUGUUAAUGCCAGCCAUAUGCCACAUAUGAUGAGCAUUGGGGGACCCUAUUCCAGUUAUGUUGUCGCUACAGUCAGGCCUUGCGGAGUGCCACCAUCAACUUAUGGUAUUGAUAUGGUAUAUGCAAAUGCCACUGCUAAUACAAUGAGUGAGCAUAAGGAUGUUCUGCCUGAAGUUUAUCACAAUGAAGCUCCACAUGAAGUCAUUACUCCAAACGCAGCUCAGGUAGCAACAACAGCAUUGGCAAAUCAUGCCCCAAAUGUUGAUCAACACCAAGAGUCUGGUUUACCAGGCCAACAAUUCAGCAAUGAGGACCCUUGGAAAGUAGCUACAAAUGCACAUGCACUGCCACCAAGACCUAAGAAGGUAGCAAGCAGAGAGAACAUCAGCCCAAAGGAUCCCCGGCCAGAUUUGAAUAUUCCAGCUGAGGAUGUUGCUCUCCAGCAACAAUCUGACCACAAAGACGUGCAUGCAGAACAUGCUCAGUUCAUCAAAGGUGAUGACAUCACUAAUCCAAACUUACUGGGUAUGGAUGAUGGGUUAGCUACAUCUAAAACUCAGUCAUCUGAGCAUCAGCCUCCCUUACUGAAUGAAGGAGUUGGGGCUGUUACUAAUAAAUUAGGUGGUGAAGUUCACAGCAAAGAGGCUGUCAAGAGCAGACCGGCAGAUUGGAUUUCAGGAUUUCCUAUUACAGAUGGACGUCUGCAGAUUAUAAAGAACAAUGACCUAGAAGAGCUCCAAGAACUUGGUUCUGGAACCUUUGGAACUGUAUAUCAUGGCAAAUGGAGAGGAACUGAUGUUGCGAUAAAAAGAAUCAAUGACAGGUGUUUUGCUGGGAAGCCAUCUGAGCAAGAGAAGAUGCGGUCGGACUUCUGGAAUGAAGCAUCUAAUCUUGCUGAUCUGCACCACCCAAAUGUUGUUGCUUUUUAUGGCGUUGUUCUAGAUGGACCUGGGGGAUCCAUUGCCACAGUUACAGAAUACAUGGUCAAUGGCUCACUUAGGACCGCUUUGCUGAAGAAUGCUAGGACCCUUGAUCGACGUAAGAGAUUAAUUAUUGCCAUGGAUACUGCUUUUGGAAUGGAGUACUUGCAUAACAAAAACAUCGUGCACUUUGACCUUAAAAGUGAUAAUUUGCUUGUUAAUUUAAGGGACCCUCAGCGUCCAAUAUGCAAGGUUGGCGAUCUUGGGCUUUCAAAAGUGAAAUGUCAGACCCUCAUCUCCGGUGGUGUCAGGGGAACACUUCCAUGGAUGGCCCCAGAACUUCUGAAUGGAAGUAGCAGCUUGGUCUCUGAAAAGGUUGAUGUGUUCUCUUUUGGGAUUGUUCUCUGGGAACUCCUCACAGGAGAAGAACCAUAUGGAGAUUUACAUUAUGGUGUUAUUAUAGGUGGCAUUGUGAGUAACACUCUACGGCCACCAGUGCCCGACUCAUGUGACCCGGAGUGGAGAGCACUGAUGGAGCAAUGCUGGUCAACAGAACCAUCUGAACGGCCAGCCUUUACAGAGAUAGCGAACAGAUUGCGCUCCAUGGCUGUUUCCCAGAAGGUGCAGCACUAAGGUCACCAGCAUGCAGAUGUGGCGGCACUCUUCAAACUUCCAGGGUAUCUGUGGGUCAGUUCGCUACCCACCAGAUUGCGUAUUUAGGAAUCCAGAACUGAUAUAUAUGCCUUCAUUGUGUCCCUAGGAUGUGUCCAUACCCCUUCAUUGUUUCAUAUCUUGUAAUCAAAAGUUACCAGCGUGUGUCUACAAGUGUCGCAAUGGACGUCGCAUAUGCCGAUUCAUUCAUUUAUACCUUUUGCUUAGAGAUGCCGUCAAUAAGUUACUAGUCUAGCGUCAGUUAUAGGGGAGUCUGAUAUGCUUAUUUUUUCCUUUUCUUUUUCACCCUUUUCCGGGUAAUAAUUGAGUUACUUAGAAGUCGUCGGUCGGUCGGUCGGCCGGUCUAAAUGUGAACUGGUUGUUGCUGGGUAAGUAUGGUUUGUUUGUAUAUUACAAGUUUGGGAACAGAGAGUGAGGUCCAUGCUUGUAAGUUGUAACAAUACCUGCUUGGUUUUGUGGUUGAGUUAUUGUGUUAUACUGAAAUUGCCCUGUGCCAUUGUGAAA